AUGAAAAGUAACACUUUUAACAAUAAUUUAUUUAAAAUUUUUAAGAAAUACGGUUCUUCUUAUAUUUGGUUUACUAAUAAUAAGCAAAAUCUAAAAAAAUUCUGUAAUUUAAAGAAUAUAGAUUUAAAAAAAAACUCUCAUACUAAUAAAAUAGAAAUAUUCAUAGAUGAUAAAAUAUUAUUAACAAACAGCAAAAAUGUUUUUUCAUUGGAAAACUUUGACUUGUGUUUCUUAAUAAAAUUAGAGUUAUUAAAAAAUAAAAAUGAAAUGGAUAUUUUAAAAAUGCCCUUAACAUUGUCUUCAAAUAACCUAAUUGAUUUUAUAAACUCAAAAAAAGGUAACCAAACAUUGGAAAAAUAUGAUUAUAAAGAUAAGAAUUUUUUAAAAGAUAUCACAAAUAAUGUGAACUAUUUAAAAAAUUUCAAAUCUGAUAAAGUAAAUUAUAAUAAUGGCAAUGGAAUAGGAAUUAAUGAAAAAAAUAAAAUUGAAGAUUAUAAUAUUAAAAAAAAUUCAUCAUUUUCCAAAAAUACAUAUUACGAAGACAAUAUAUAUAAAAAUAAUUUCUGUCAAAACAAUUUAACAGAUAUUCAUUGUUCAAAUAAUGAUAAAAAUACGUAUAUGUUUAAUUACUUUGAAACAGAAAGAACUCUUAUAGAAAAUAAAAUUUAUGAAAAUUUUAAAAAUGAUUUAAUUUUUUAUAGUAACAAUGAAAAAAAUAUGUUAAAUACAGAUAAAAAAUGUUUAGAAAACUCUAUAAGUUUGCCUAGUAGCUUAAAUUAUAUUGAAAACUAUAAAAUUAAUAACCUAUAUAAGGAAGAAAGUGAUACAUUCGAUAUGUUUAUAAAAAUGUUUGAAAAAAUGCAUGAAGUAAAAUUAAAUAAAGCUAAAAACUUUGAAACACCUAUUCAAAAUCAAAAUGCUCAGGAAAAAGUACAAACUUUAAUUAAAAAUAUGAACGAUUCAGAAAUUUUCAUUUUUUAUAAAUGCACACAAAUUUUAAAUUCCUUUAUAUUUACAUAUUUAUUUCUUAAUAACCAUUUAAAUUAUAAAGAAGUAUAUCGUUAUUGUAAUUUAGAAUAUAUAUAUCAAUUUUUUAAAUGGGGAUAUGUUUUCGACGUAAAUAUUAUAAAAGAUUCUAAUGCGCUGUUAAUGUUAUCAUCUUUACGCUUAAUUAAUAAAAUUUUAAAAAAAAAAAAAGUGUAA